CGCCCUGCUAAUUUCUGUAUUUUUAGUAGAGACGGGGUUUUGCCAUGUUGCCUAGGCUGGUCUCGAACUCCUUGCCUCACGUGAUCCUCACCCCUCGCCCUCCCAAAAUGCUGGAAUUACAGGCGUGAGCCACGGCGUCCGGCUAAGGCAUGGGAUUUUUCGAACUGCUGACAUUAGAAAUUCACAAUCCACAUCAUUAACUGGAUCCUCCACGCCCACUCCCUCUCUGUAGCAGCAAUUUAUCUUUACUCUCCGCAGUUCCACAGAACACAGGAAACAAACCAAAAAAAAAAAAAAAAAAAAAGGCAGGAGCCCAAGUAACCUCUAUCAAAGCAAAGACCAGUGCUCACUCUAACCCUUUUAAGGGUUUUAAAAGAAGAGGUGAGGAGGUGUCCUGCUUAUCCCCCAAGCUUGGGUGCUGGAGCGAGGGGCGGCUGAGAUUUAAAGAAGGAGAGGGCAGAGAGCUAGAGAAAAGAAACAGGAUAAUUCUACCCAAGAGGACGAAAUAGAGAAGCAGGAAACGAAGCCUGCGGCUAAAUCCUGGUGAUGACUAUUAGGGAAACACCAGAGGAUGCCCCGCCCGCCAGCCCACAAUGAGCAGCCUGUCCAGUCACAAAGCGGGGCCUCGGGCCUUGAUAGUUCGCGAUCUGUAAGCAGAAUGUUCCAGGGCCUCCCUGUCGCCUGUGUCCAGCCUGGGAGCCACGAAAAUACAAUCUUCAGCGGUGUGGGAGGCCGAAAGUGGACGGCGACUGAGGCCCCUCUUGCCGUGCCAACAUAGUUUCUGCGCCCACUAGAAACUAUGCAUGAAAUAAAAAUUUCCGUAACUCGCCCUUUGCAGUGGAGAGACCAGAAACAGGCACACCAGGGAACUGGAGCGGAGGAGGGUAACUCAAACUCACAGUGAGAGGGUUUGCAGGGGGCCGAUUUGGGGCCAACAUGCUUCCCAGUACCCCGGGGCGGGGCAGCGGAAGGCGAAACGCUUUCAAGAGACCCCGCUGCCGACAUCCCCACGCCCUUGCACCCUCCCGCUGCCCCAGAAGGCCAACUCCGCCUGCCUGAGUCACAGCUGGAGCUGGGGAGGAGCCAGGGAAAGGCAGCCCCAGACUGUAGUGCAGCCAGCGGUUUCAGGCAGACGGAGCUGAGCGGUCAGGGAUCAUGAGGGAGAGUGCGUUGGAGCCGGGGCCUGUGCCCGAGGCGCCGGCUGGGGGUCCCGUGCACGCCGUGACGGUGGUGACCCUGCUGGAGAAGCUGGCCUCCAUGCUGGAGACGCUGCGGGAGCGGCAGGGAGGCCUGGCUCGAAGGCAGGGAGGCCUGGCAGGGUCCGUGCGCCGCAUCCAGAGCGGCCUGGGCGCUUUGAGUCGCAGCCACGACACCACCAGCAACACCUUGGCGCAGCUGCUGGCCAAGGCGGAGCGCGUAAGCUCGCACGCCAACGCCGCCCAAGAGCGCGCGGUGCGCCGCGCAGCCCAGGUGCAGCGGCUGGAGGCCAACCAUGGGCUGCUGGUGGCGCGCGGGAAGCUCCACGUUCUGCUCUUCAAGGAGGAGGGUGAAGUCCCAGCCAGCGCUUUCCAGAAGGCACCAGAGCCCUUGGGCCCAGAGGACCAGUCCGAGCUGGGCCCAGAGCAGCUGGAGGCCGAAGUUGGAGAGAGCUCGGACGAGGAGCCGGUGGAGUCCAGGGCCCAGCGGCUGCGGCGCACCGGAUUGCAGAAGGUACAGAGCCUCCGAAGGGCCCUUUCGGGCCGGAAAGGCCCUGCAGCGCCACCGCCCACCCCGGUCAAGCCGCCUCGCCUUGGGCCUGGCCGGAGCGCUGAAGCCCAGCUGGAAGCCCAGCUUGAGCUGGAGCCCAUGCUGGUGCUGGAGCCAGAGCCUCCGCAGGACACCGAGGAAGAUCCCAGGAGACCUGGGGCUGCCAAAGAAGUUCCGCUCCAAAUAGAGAGUGCAGCCUGAGGGCUGGUGUUGCCUGUCUCCCCUGUGCUUGUGCCUUGUCCUAAAAUAAAUCCUUUCAGAAUGUAGCACUCACGCCCUAAUAAGGAGCGAAUCCUGCAUCCACCAAGGCGGGCGCUCUGGCCCUCCCUUCCUUAAGCCCAGUUCUGUGUCCUCUGAAAGAGGUGCAGCCACUCACACCUGCUUGCGCCCUCACCAUCAAUAAAAGUAAUUUCACCCGAACCAGACUCCGUGAGAAGGGAUGGGGAAGCAGUUGGAUGUGGGAAGGCAGUUACAAGGAAUAAGACAAAUGUUGGAACCUGGAAUCAUUGUACGAUUUCUCCAGUUUCCACGGAGUCCUGGGUUCUAGACUCCAGUGACAUAUAGAAGUAUCCUUCUGACCACUUGCUCUUUAAACUUUCCUCAUGGGAACACACAGUUGCAAUUUUUUUUUUAAAGCAUCGAGUACAGUCCUUUCUGUAGUUGCUUACUAAGUGUCAACUAAUGGUUUUCCUCUUAGUCUUUUCUUCCUUUAGCACCUCCUAAAACUUGGGUUUUCCAGUAUUCCUUUCUUGGCCCUUUUUUUACUCUGGGUACUUUUCGGCUGACAUUCAUGCCUAGGCCUCCCCUACCAGCUGCAUACACCCCAUACCCCUGUCUUGAGCUGCAGUUGAAAAGUACUUCAAAAGUAGCAAGUAUCUUCUACCUUUUAAAUUCCAUUUCAUUCAAUAGCCAUUUAUUGAACACAUACUAUGUGGCAGGCCCUACUAGGUAUGGUUCAGAAUAUUUCUCCCUCUUGUGUUUUCUUUACCAAUGAAUGGUACCGUCAUCCACAGAGAAACUUGGGAGUCCUUGUUGGCUCAAGGACUUUCUCUCAUCCCCCUCCCACAUGGAAACAGCUAUUCUAUUGAUUUUACCUCUGCAAUCUGUCCACUUUUCUAAUACAGCGGCUGCCUUAUUUCAGGACUUUCACUGGACCAGUGUUUGAACUGCCAAUCUCAUCAUAUCAUUGUCUUGAUUCAAAUAUUUCAGUGCUUCCCCAUUAUCUUCAGAAUAAAGACCCUUUGUGAUCUGG